GGCGCUGACGCUCAGUAAGCUCCGCCCGCCGUGACGUCACAGAGGCCAAGAUGGCGACGCGCUACUACCAGACGAUGCAGGACAGUUUCAGGAAUAACAACAAAAGCCGCGAGUUCCCCGCCCACACUGCCAAAGUUCACUCCGUGGCGUGGAGCUGCGACGGGAGGAGGUUGGCUUCGGGCUCCUUCGACAAGACCGCCAGCGUGUUCGUCCUCGAAAAAGACCGCCUGGUGAAAGAAAACAACUACAGGGGUCAUGGCGACAGCGUGGAUCAGCUCUGCUGGCAUCCCACCAACCCGGAUCUGUUUGUCACGGCGUCAGGUGACAAGACCAUCCGCAUCUGGGACGUGCGCACCACCAAGUGCAUCGCCGUGGUCAACACCAAAGGGGAGAACAUCAACAUCUGCUGGAGUCCCGACGGUCAGACCAUCGCCGUGGGCAACAAAGACGACGUGGUGACCUUCAUCGACGCCAAAACGCACCGCUCCAAGGCGGAGGAGCAGUUCAAGUUUGAGGUGAACGAGAUCUCGUGGAACAACGACAACGACAUGUUCUACCUCACCAACGGCAGCGGCUGCAUCAACAUCCUGAGUUACCCUGAGCUGAAGCCCAUCCAGUCCAUCAACGCUCACCCAUCCAACUGCAUCUGCAUCAAGUUCGACCCCACCGGCAAAUAUUUUGCCACGGGAAGUGCCGACGCCCUGGUCAGCCUGUGGGACGUGGACGAGCUGGUGUGCGUGCGCUGCUUCUCCAGGCUGGACUGGCCGGUGAGGACGCUGAGCUUCAGCCACGACGGGAAAAUGUUGGCGUCGGCUUCAGAGGACCACUUCAUCGACAUCGCCGAGGUGGAAACAGGUGAGAAGCUGUGGGAGGUGCAGUGUGACUCGCCCACCUUCACAGUGGCCUGGCACCCCAAGCGCCCCCUGCUGGCGUACGCCUGCGAUGACAAGGACAACAAGAACAGAGAGGCGGGAACAGUCAAGCUCUUUGGCCUCCCCAACGACUCCUAACACCACAUUCCUUUUGUACAAUAACCUUUAAAACUUACAUGACUUUCUUAUUAAACUUGCUUUUCUAGA